GUGUCUGGGCAAGCGCUUUCGAAUGCAAUGACACAGUCUGAUCCGGUAACAUUGCACUGUGCUAGCCUUGGAAGAUGCUCAAGAAGAAGAAUGGUGGCUGGCUGGCUUGGUCAUCGUUCCUGAUAUUCACUCGCCCUCUUUUCAUCCGAUACCCUGCGUCCUAUCUUAAGCCUUCGUCAUUCCCACGUGUGGAGUGGUUUUUUCUGCGGGGUUCAAGCCCCCCUUCGACUUUUGUAUUAUUGAUUUUUUUGUUGGGCGCUGCAUCGGGGUGAACUUCAUAUUUAUCCGCCUUCGUCACAUCCGUGCAAAGGAUCUCUGCUUCUUCUGAGUUGGGCUUUGUGUAGUUCGAGAAGGUUGUGGAUUCUUGGAUUAGACCCAUACCCUGACGACUAGGUUGUUGGGGUUAAGGUGUUCGCCAUUUUGGACAAUUUCAGGAGAUCAGCUUGGUGGAUUGGAGAAGUUGGAGAGCAUUGGAGAAUCAUGGGGUUUGCGCAAGUUGGUGCGAUGGUUCAGCUGAAAAACAUGGGUCUUUUCAAGACGCAGGGGCUUAUCAAUGGCGAGUGGGCGAAUGCCCUCGAUAACCGUACUCUUGCCGUUAACAAUCCAGCCACUGGAGAUGUUCUUGCGAACGUGCCGUUCAUGGGAAAAAUUGAUGCGGAGAAGGCGAUUGCGGCCGCCUCAGUAGCUUUCUUACCUUGGAGCAAACGAACUGCUUUCGACAGAUGCAAACUCUUGCGGAAAUGGUUCGAUCUUAUUCUGGAGAACAAAGAUGACCUUGCAAAGCUCAUAACCCUUGAGAAUGGAAAACCCUUAACAGAGGCCAAUGGAGAGGUUGUGUAUGGGGGAGGCUUCGUAGAGUACUACGCAGAAGAAGGAAAACGUGUGUUUGGUGAUAUUAUACCCUCUCCUUUUCCAACUAAACGUAUGCUAGUAAUGAAACAGGCAGUUGGGGUUGUAGGUGCUAUCACACCAUGGAAUUUUCCGCUUGCUAUGAUUACUCGAAAGGUGGCACCAGCAUUAGCGGCAGGCUGCACCAUAGUUUUAAAACCAGCAGAGCUUACGCCCUUGACGGCUCUGGCUGCAGCUGAACUUGCGGUUCAAGCUGGCAUUCCUUCGGGUGUACUGAAUGUGGUGAUGGGGGAUGCUGUUGAAAUCGGUGCUGCAAUGAUGGAUAGCAACGAGGUGCGGAAGAUUACAUUUACAGGCUCUACGCACGUCGGAAAAUUACUUAUGGCUGCUGCUUCCAAAACUGUGAAGAAGAUAUCUCUCGAACUCGGUGGAAAUGCACCUCUCAUCAUUUUUAAUGAUGCUGACAUAGAGAUUGCUGUUCAAGGAGCGCUCUAUGGAAAAUACAGAAAUGCAGGCCAGACUUGUGUUUGCGUCAACCGAAUUCUUGUGCAGGAUGGCAUAUAUGACAAAUUUUCAGAAGCUUUUACGAAGGCAGUACAAAAGUUGCGUGUAGGUCAUGGACUAGACCCAGGGGUGACCCAGGGACCGCUAAUCAAUGAGGCUUCGUUGAAAAAGGUGGAAGCGCAUGUCCAAGAUGCAGUGUCCAAGGGUGCUAAAGUGCUGGUAGGAGGCAAACGACAUAGUCUAGGAGGCACAUUUUAUCAACCUACUGUUCUUUGCGGUUGUAACGAUGAGAUGCUAAUAUUUAGAGAGGAGGUUUUUGGUCCUGUAGCACCUCUUAUGCGCUUCCAGACGGAUGAAGAGGCUAUCAAGAUGGCAAAUGAUACUGAAUAUGGCUUAGCAGCGUAUGCCUACACAGAGAACAUCGAGCAUGGUUGGCGUAUCGCUGAGGCUUUGGAUUAUGGCAUGGUUGGUCUGAAUGAGACCCUGAUUUCGUCUGAGGUGGCUCCUUUUGGGGGAACGAAGCAAUCUGGACUAGGUCGUGAAGGUUCCAACUACGGAAUUGAUGAGUAUCUUGAGCUGAAAUACUUGUGCCUGGGCAACAUCAAGCAACCCUUCAUGUGCUGAACCUGGGAGUUGUUACUGGAUUUGAUGUUUCGGGGGAGAGGUUCAAAUUGCAGCAUAAUAACACGUAUAAUAAUUUUCAUAACAAUAUUGGUCGACUUGCCAUGCCAGGAUUAUCUUCUCUCAGUUAUAGAGAUGACAAUCAUAUUCACUCUCAGCAAUGAUGCAGCUCUCGAAAAUUUCAUGACGAUCCUACUUGGGAUCGACUCACCAGAAAUUCCCUCGAAUGUGUUUAAAUCUUGUUCUUAAACGAAGCCUUUGCACUGUCGCUUUAGUUGACAGAAUUUGAGAAUGAAUUAUGCUUCAUCAGCGACAUAUGAAUUUAUGCUCCUUUGGUAUUGUUGACCUGAAUUGUGCCGAAGGUUUCUGAAUGUCAUUUCGGCUGGAAGCUGACCAGGAUAAUAAAUUGCGUUCAUGGCAUUUGUGUUA